CCGCUGUCCCGGACGCGGACGCACACUAACGUGAUGAACGCCAGCGGCAGUGACGGCUCCAGCUCGCUCCCCGCGCCGCUGCCGCGCUCCAACAGCCUCCCGCACUCCGCCGCUAACAGCAAGAGCGCCGUGACAGACAAUCCCAUCGCCGCCGGCGUCAGCAAGUUCGCCACGCUCUCGCUGCACGACCGCAAAGAGCGGCACCUCGACAAAGACCACAAGCGCAACCACAGCAUGGGCCACAUC